AUGUUCGCCAAAGUCGCUGCUCUUACUUUUGUUUCGGCCCUCGUUGGCCAGGCUAUGGGACAUGGUCUUGUCUCCAGCCCGCCUAUUCGCCAACCUGGUGAUGCCUUCAAAGCCAACUGCGGUGACCAGAUGUUCUACAACGUGAACUCUGACCCUGCAGGUAACAUCCAGCAACUGAACCAGCUCAAGGCCACUUCCUUCAGCGCCAGUUCUUGCAACCUCAACCUGUGCAAGGGUCUCCAGUUCGCAGAUGUAUCUGCCGCUAACAUCCAGUCCUGGACCGUUGGCCAGGUCGUUCCUAUCAAGGUUGAUAUUCGUGCUCCUCACACUGGUAGCGCCAAUGUUUCCAUCAUCGAUACGACAACCAACACCAUGAUUGGCUCCCCAUUGAAGACCUGGGACGUAUAUGCCAGUGUCUCUGCUCCUAUCACUGCAGACCAGACUUCCUUCAGUGUCACCAUCCCUGAUCUUGGUGGCAAGUGCAAGACCGCUGGUGAUUGUGUUCUUCAAUGGUGGUGGGACGCCCCAUCUAUCGACCAGACCUACGAGUCUUGCGUUGAUUUCACUUUGGGCGGAUCCGGCUCAGGUGCUCCUUCGACUCCUUCUAGCGCUGCUGCGAGUGCCCCUGCUGCUACCUCUGCCGCUUCCCAGCCUGUCGAGACCUCUGCUCCUGCUGCGACAUCUGCUCCCGAGACGUCCGCACCAGCCGAAACAUCUGCUGUUCCCGAGCCGACUACCACAAGCGCGCCUACUGCUACCGUUGUCCCCACCACCUCAGCUGCUCCUGCUGCGACAACCGCCCCUUCUUCAUGCGGGGGUACCCUUAAGGCUCGUGACGUCCGCAGCGGCCAAAAGUGGGCUCAAUGCGGUGGUAUCGGUUUCGACGGUGAAACCUCCUGCAAUGAAGGCCUUACUUGCCGUCCUUAUAACAAGUACUACUCGGCUUGCGAGUAA